AGAGAGAGUCUGACCAAAACGAAAGUGAAAGUGUCGGGGGGAAAACCAGUUCCAUCAUAUUUAAAAGCACCCGAGCGACUCCCUGCUUCGGUACUGUUCUUCUUUCUCUCCCGCAAUGUCGGAAUUAUCCACCAUCUACAAACUUUCUCUGCUCGCUUGCUUGGCAGCUCUUCUGGCCCCGCUUUGCUUUGCAAGAUGCCCAGCUCUUGAGUGCUGGUAUGUGGAGGAAAAAUCAAGUCGAGCUGGAAGCUUCCCGUCUGCGAUGAGCCAGGAGAAAUCUUUUCUGUAUAUAACCACAGGAUUUAACCUGGCUUAUAAUACCCAGAACCCUCCAGUGGGCAUCAAUCCAAAUCGGGUCUACCGUAUUGUAGAUUCAACUGGUACCCUUUGUAGUUCAGAUUUGCAACCUGUGGCUGGUGCAGUUGAAAAGCCAGAGUGUGAAAUUAACCCAUUCAUACCUCAUCCUGCCAUGGUGGACUGGACACUGUCUCUAACAAGUCCAGACACAAGUCCUGCUUACCUUACAGCUGAUUGGUUAUCCUCCUCCAUCCAGGGUUUGAAAAACAAGUUGGCUGUAUCCAGUAUUUUACGUUUACCUGUAGGGACAACAGAAGCCACAGCUGUUAUGAAUGUCUACACUCACACUCCAGUUCUUCAGACAAAGCUGAAACAAGAUGUAUUACUAGAUUGUGGUUUCACUCUUCCACAAGAGGAAGAGAAUUCUGAAUUUUCCCUUGAAUGGCGCUACCAAUACAGAGGAGAGGGGAGACUCCUUUUGGCUUAUGAUGCCAAAUUAGACAAACUGCAUGAAAAAUAUAUCACAAAAGAUGAUGUUGAAGUUGACAUUACCAACCUGCAUGGGUCAAGGAAUGCCUCACUGCUUAUCAAAAAUGUGUCCAUUCGCCAUGGAGGUACCUAUAUUUGCACCAUCUACCGACCAUACCUGCUGGCUCAGGUUGCCAUGGAACUGGAAAUUAUAGAACCACCACGUUUGUCUUUAGUACCUUCACCAUUUUGGGCAGCCCCUGGCCAUGAGGCUGUACUUACCUGUGAGGCUUCAGGCUACUACCCUCUAGAUGUAGAAAUAAAGUGGAUGGCUAAACCUGCAAAUGGGGAACCUGCAGAGUUUUUGACUGGAGCUCAACUUUCUGGACACCGUCAGAGUAUAGAAGGCACCUUCUCUCAAACCAGUUCCAUUCGCAUCAUACCAGAAACACAAGAUCAUCUGACCCAGUACUCCUGUCUGAUAACUCACCUAGGUUCCAGCAGCAAGAAAUCCGUUGUACUUCAGGUUGCAGGAGCAUCAGGACCAUCCAUUGAAGAUGCAGUUGGAAUGUUUAUUGUGGCUUUUAUUUCAUACGGCCUACUCAAACUGAUUUAUUGGGUGUUUUCUACAAAAGCUUCUCCCGAAGGUGACAAGAAGGAUAAGUGAAGCAAACAACUUUCACAAAAAUAAGUUUCUCAUGGUCCUUAAAACCCCUGUCUUUCUAUUGAAGAAAAUGUGUUAAAAUGCUUACAAAAAGAAAAGUACCUUGUGUUUUGGAUUUUGUUUUUUUUUUUUCCUAAUCAAGGGAUGCUGUUGUGAUAGCAAUGCUUUGUGGGAAUAAGUGAUGUGCUACUGAAGGUCUUGUUAGCAGACAGAUGGUCAUGAAAGCUUGCAGAUUUUUUUACUACAAAGAAGGUGGACUCUUGAGUCUGCCAUACUGUAAAUUAAGAGGAUUGAAUUGUGAGUCUGUAUUUAUAUCUUCUGGCAGGCCUAGACAAUGUGCCUGUCUGAGAGAAGGGUUUGUUUUUAGACAGGAUUAUUUUUGUCUUUCUGUCUGUGUUGUGCCUUGGAAUUUGCACCUGGCUAUUUAAUUGAUUUGUUGUACGUGAAUAUCUGCGUGCAAGGCAUGUCAUAUCAUUAUGCUGGUCUGUGAUUUAUUUUUUGUCCGUAGCAAGAACAGGAAUUGCAUGUGUUGGUUCUUUAUCCACUGAACAGCUCUGGAUCACACUGAAUGAACAUUGAUGAUCAUUUGCAAGUGGUGGGUGUGUUUCUGAGAGAAAAUGUGCAAGUUGAUGUCUGUUCCUUUGGUAGAGUUCCUCAGUGUCUUAUCAGUGUUCAGCGUGUGGCUUGUUUGCUCAUUUGUAAAUUUCUCCUUUAUCCCCUAUUGAUAAUGUUUUGGAGGCCAUCUGCUAGAACCCAGCUGCAGGUUAAGAUAA